AUGGAUGCUUACGAACUUUUUCGAAAGUUAUCUAUCGGCGUAAAAUUCGAUAAAAAACGUUUUCAAGUUGAUGCGAAAAGAUUUCAGGUAUUUUUCUUUCUCUUUUUAGUUAAAAAUAAAACAAAACGUAAUACAUUUUAAACAAAUUUCAAUAGCAUAACCAUUUUAUUUUGUACAGCUUGUCAAUAGGCAACCUGAGAAUGAGCUUAACGAUAAAAAACUAGAUACUGAAGUUUUUAACGAAAUAAAUCAUUUAACGUUAUGUGGAAAAAGAAAACACGAUGACAUCGAAAAAGAAACUGAAAAUAUUUAUGAGCCUAUGUUGCUCGAGGGAAUGCCUGUGUCUAAAAAUCAGAAUAAAAAGUGUAAAGUAUCUCUAACCGAGGAGAAACGAUCGAAGUUGGAAAAAGAAAAGACCAACCAACUUCGUAAUCAACAUCGCAUAAGCGUUACAGGCAAUCGUAUACCUAAACCUAUCACAGAAUUUACUGAGUUAUCAAUGACUCAUGGUAUAUGUAGCAAAUUAAUAAACAAUAUCAUAAGUUGUGGUUACGAAUGUCCUACUCCGAUUCAAAUGCAGGCUAUACCUGCCAUGUUACAAGGCAGACAAAUAUUAGCAUGUGCUCCAACUGGAUCUGGAAAAACAGCUGCAUUCCUGGUACCCAUAAUUCAUCACUUGGGUGGACCAAAAAGAAAAGGAUUCAGAGCUGUUAUAUUAAGUCCAACAAGGGAAUUAGCAAAACAAACGUAUAGAGAAUGCUUACGCCUUAGCGAAGGAUAUGAUUUUAGAGUUCAUAUCAUAAGUAAAGUAAAUCAAGCAUUAAACAAAUAUGGACCAAAGAGUUCACAGAAGUUUGCGUAGAGUGGCUAAUUGUGGAUGAAGUAGAUAAACUUUUUGAAGAUGGAACAAGAUGCUUCAGAAACCAAUUGGAAACAAUUUUAAAGUCAUGUACAAAUGAAAAUUUACAUAAAGCAAUGUUUAGUGCAACUAAUACUUCUAUAGUGUCUAAGUGGUGUAGACAUAAUCUGAAAAGUCUUAUAACAAUUACCGUUGGACACAGGGAGUAUUGCCGCCUGUAUUGAUAUUCGUACAAAGUAAGGAAAGAGCACAAGAGUUAUUUAACGAACUUAUAUAUGACGGAGUCAACGUGGACGUCAUUCACGCUGAUAGAACACAAACGCAGAGAGAUAAUGUUGUACGUUGCUUUAGAGAAGGAAAAAUAUGGGUUUUAGUAUGUACAGAAUUAAUGGCAAGAGGUAUUGAUUUCAAAGGUGUAAAUCUUGUUAUAAAUUACGAUUUUCCGUCGUCUGCCAUUUCUUAUGUUCAUAGAAUUGCAUAGCGACUGUUAUGCGAGAUUCUGGAUGUAACGUUCCUGAUUAUAUGUUAUCCAUGAAAAAACAUAGUAAAAUGGAAAGACGAAAGCAAGAACGCAAAGCUCCUGUUAGAGAGAAGAUCUCAACUAUACCUACGUUCAAACGCGUACGUGAUAAAGAAAAAACGAGGUAUAGUACAGUUGUACUUUUUUCUAGUAAAUAUAUAAUUGAAACAUUAUUUCUCAUAAUUGUUAUUCUUUAUUUGCGUGUUGUAGAAAAAUUAUAAAAGAAAAGAAACAAGAGUUAAAAGGUGAAGAAAGAAAAGAUAAAAAAAAUUAA